GGCGGGCGGCCCGGGAGCCUUUGGGGGCCGGACCGUCGCGCGGCAACGCGCGCUGAGGGGGCGGAAAUGGGGCUGGUGUCCCGCGGCGCGGCCAAGUCGGGGUUGGGGCCCGGAAGCGCUGCUGUCCGCCCUGGGAGCCACCGGUUGCCCAGCAUGGUCCUGAAGAUCUUCUUCCCCACGUGCUGUGUCUCGGCUGACAGUGGCCUGCUGCUCGGGCGCUGGGUCCCUGAGCAGAGCAGUGCUGUCAUCCUGGCCAUCGCACACUUCCCCUUCAUCCCUGCCCAGGUCAAAGAGCUACUGGCCCAGGUGCAGCAGGCCAGUCGGGUGGGCCUGGCUGUGCUGGGCACCUGGUGCCACCCCCGGCAGGAGCCCCCCAAGAGCCUGGGCUGCUUCCUUGAGGGGCUCAGUGCCAUCUUUACCCACGAGCCCUGGUUGUGGCUGGGUCGGGAGCAGGCCGGCAAGGCCUGGCGCUGCAAGGCUUCCCACUGGUCAGCGGCCAUGGAUGAGGACCAAGUUCUGCUGGUCUUCUAUGACCAGCGCCAGGUGCUGCUGUCUCAGCUGCACCCACCAGCUGUGCUGCCGGACCGCCAGGCGGGGGAUGCCAUGCCCAGCGUCCAGGGCCUGGCCGUUGUCUUCGACACAGUGGCGCGCAGCGAGCUGCUCUUCCACUGUGACCGCUUCGCUGAAGGCCCUGUGCGGCUGAGCCAUUGGCAGUCAGAGGGCGUCGAGGCCAGCAUCCUGGUGGAACUGCUGCGGCAGGCCUCGGGUCCUGUGUGCCUGCUGCUGUCUUGCCUGCUGUCCCUGAUAGCGUCCUUCAGCACCUGUCGGGCAUCCCGGCUGUGGCCCGUGUCCUUCCUCACGAGCAAGCUCUCCACGUGUGAGCAGCUACGACACCGGCUGCAGCACCUCACGUUUGUGUGCAGCACCCACAAGGCUGAGGACCCCACCCAGCGGAUGAGGAAGGCUGACAUGCUGGUCUCCAUGCUGCUGGAUGUGGCCCUUGGCCUCACCCUGCUGUCCUGGCUCCACAAGGAGAACCGCAUCGGGCAACUGGCUGAGGCGCUCGUCCCUGCGGCCGACCAUGUGGCUGAGGAGCUGCAGCACUUGCUGCAGUGGCUCAUGGGUGCGCCUGCAGGGCUCAAGAUGAAUCGUGCACUGGACCAGGUGCUGGGUCGCUUUUUCCUGUACCACAUCCACCUGUGGAUCAGCUACAUCCACCUCAUGUCGCCUUUCAUCGAGCGCAUCCUGUGGCACGUAGGCCUCUCAGCCUGCCUGGGGCUCACGGUAGCUCUGUCCAUCCUGUCGGACCUCAUUGCCCUGCUCACCUUCCACAUCUACUGCUUCUACGUCUAUGGGGCCAGACUGUACCACCUCAAGAUCUGUGGCCUGUCUUCCCUCUGGCGCCUCUUCCGCGGGAAGAAGUGGAAUGUUCUGCGGCAGCGCGUCGACUCCUGCUCCUACGACCUUGACCAGCUGUUCAUUGGGACUUUGCUCUUCACCAUCCUCCUCUUCCUGCUGCCCACCACGGCCCUGUACUACCUCGUGUUCACCCUGCUCCGGCUCCUGGUGAUUGCUGUGCAGGGCCUUAUCCAUCUGCUGGUGGACCUCAUCAACUCCCUGCCAUUCUACUCGCUGGGCCUGAGACUGUGCCGGCCCUACAGGCUGGCAGUUGGUGUGAAGUUCCGUGUCCUGGAGCCUGUGGCCAGCAGGCCCCUCCGCCUCCUGAUGCAGGUCCGGCCGGCCGCGGGCAGGAUGGGCACCCAGGGCAGCCCGGUCAAGAGCUACGACUACCUGCUCAAGUUCCUGCUGGUGGGCGACAGCGACGUGGGCAAGGGCGAGAUCCUGGAGAGCCUGCAGGACGGCGCGUCCGAGUCGCCGUACGCCUACAGCAACGGCAUAGACUACAAGACCACGACCAUCCUGCUGGACGGACGGCGGGUAAAGCUGGAGCUGUGGGACACGUCGGGCCAGGGCAGGUUCUGUACCAUCUUCAGGUCCUACUCGAGGGGUGCUCAGGGCAUUCUGCUGGUGUAUGACAUCACCAACCGCUGGUCCUUCGACGGCAUCGACCGGUGGAUCAAGGAGAUUGAUGAGCACGCCCCUGGGGUCCCCCGGAUCCUGGUCGGGAACCGGCUGCACCUGGCCUUCAAGCGGCAGGUGCCCACAGAGCAGGCACGCGCCUACGCCGAGAAGAAUUGCAUGACCUUCUUCGAGGUCAGCCCCCUGUGCAACUUCAACGUCACUGAGUCCUUCACGGAGCUGUCACGCAUCGUGCUCAUGCGGCACGGCAUGGAGAAGAUCUGGCGGCCCAACCGAGUGUUCAGCUUGCAGGACCUGUGCUGCCGUGCCAUUGUCUCCUGCACCCCCGUGCACCUCAUUGACAAGCUGCCACUGCCCGUCACCAUCAAGAGCCACCUCAAGUCCUUCUCGAUGGCUAACGGCAUGAACGCUGUCAUGAUGCACGGACGCUCCUACUCACUGGCCAGCAGCACCGCUGGCAGCAGCAGCAAGGGCAGCAGCCUCAAGCGCUCCAAGUCCAUCCGGCCUCCGCAGAGCCCGCCCCAGAACUGCUCCCGCAACAACUGCAAGAUCUCCUAGCAGGAGCCGGCUUGCCCGCAGGACCAGGACUUGGCAGGGCACACUGGCCACAGGGCCCUGCCCGGGAGGCCGCAGGCACAGGGCCGCUGGGCCGGACCUGCCCCCCUCCUUAGCCACGUGGUUCUGGGGGCCUGGCCUGCACUGAGCUCGGCCCCUCAUCGGGGAAGGGGGAUGCAUGGGCCGGGGUGGGGGGCCUCUGGCAGUGUCUCACACUGAGCCCAGCUGCAGGGGCGUUGUCCCUGGGCACACGGGGCUGACAGUACCCUGCCUCCACCCUGUGCCGUGGCGUCUGCCAACCUCUGACCUCAGCUGUGUCCCAACAAGUGACUGUUCCCGGCUUGGUGGACACCCCGUUCUCGAGGACCUGCGAGGGACAGCAGGGCCUAGCCCCUCCUGAAGCCAUCCACUGUUGCCCCCCUUGGGGACGGGAUCCCCAAGCCCGCCACAGUCUCCCUGGUGCUCAUGUCUACCUCCUGCCCUCACCCCUGGGCAGCGGGCAGUGGGCUUCUGAGGAGUCGACACUACCUGAGUUACAGCCUGGCGCCUCGGAUCUUCUCGCUGUUUGUACAGUAAACGUGGUUCCUGGA